AUGCAGCCGAGGUCGAGAUCAGUGCGACAUGCGCUGAAGACAAAGGAUGAGCUGGAGAAGGAGCGGCUGCGCCACCGCUCCGGGGGUUUCUUCCGCUACGAGAACAGAGACAACCCCAUCGAUGUAGUCCUCAAUUGCCCUGGCUACUUGGGGCCCCGAGAAAGAAUGACGGCGGGACCUCACUGUGAAGAGGUGAACUAUGCAGAACGUGAGCAUGCCAAAGUUGUCCGAGAUGAAAUCACAGAGGCCCGGCGCAAGGGAAAAUACGACAGGGAGGAGCACCGAUGGCGAUGUAUCGCGAAUGCAGACCAGGGAGAUGUAGACCGAGUGUCGCGGAUGCAGCACGACCCGAUGAUGGGCCGAAAAAACGUCUCAGGCCAGCCCUUCAACAUCGUGAACCAUUGCUAUGACAGGACUCCUGCCGGGGCGCAGCUGGAACACCACGACAACAUGAUCCGGUAUCGCUCGAGAGUGCGCGAAGCCGCGCUGGCUAUGCGAAAUCACCUAGGGUUCAAUCCGAUUAUCGGCGAGCAGCUUUGGCCUCAGUGA